AAGAAGGUCGGUGGAAGUGAAAGAGGAGGAGGCAAGUGUGGCCGGAGAGAAGGAAGUCUGUGUACGUGGGUAGAGAGAGGAUCGGAGGGAAGCCGUGGAGGUGGCCGGGGCCUGGGGCCGGAAGAGUGCCAGGCGUGGCCGAAAGGUGUUUGGGAAUUGGAAGACUUGGUGGCAGACGGAAGUCAGGACCCGGAGUCGGCCUCGAAGAGUGGGAGACGCGGUCGGGAUGUGGGAUCAGAGGGUAGUCAGAUUGGCCCUGCUGCAGCAGCUUCGUGCUGUGUACGGCAUUAAGGUCAAGGGUGGCCGCGGGCAGUGUGAUCGCAGGAGACAUGAAACUGCAGCUGCGGAAACGAAGGGUAAGGUAUUUGGAGUUCCUUUUAAUUUGCUGCCUCAUUCAGUUGUCCCAGAAUAUGGACAUAUCCCAAGCUUUCUUGUUGAUGCAUGCACAUCUUUGGAAGAGCAUAUUCAUACAGAAGGGCUUUUUAGGAAGUCGGGAUCUGUUACUCGUCUAAAAGCACUAAAGAGUAAGCUGGACCAUGGUGAAGCCUGCCUGUCUUCUGCACUUCCGUGUGAUGUCGCAGGUCUGCUUAAGCAGUUCUUCAGGGAGCUACCAGAACCUGUCCUCCCAGCUGAUCUGCAUGAAGCACUGUUCAAAGCACAACAGUUAGGGGCAGAGGAGAAGAAUAAAGCUACAUUGUUGCUGUCCUGUCUGGUGGCAGACCCUACAGUUGAUGUGUUAAGAUACUUCUUUAAUUUUCUCAAGAAUGUUUCUCUUAGGGCGAGUGAGAAUAAAAUGGAUAGCAGCAAUCUUGCAGUAAUAUUUGCACCGAAUCUUCUUCAGACAAAUGAAGGCCAUGAGAAGAUGUCUGCUAACACAGAGAAAAAGCUGCGAUUGCAGGCAGCUGUAGUACAGACUCUUAUUGAUUGUGCAUCGGAUAUUGGGCGUGUGCCAGAUUUUAUCCUUGAAAAGAUACCGGCCAUGUUAGGUAUUGAUGGUCUCUGUACUACUCCAUCCCUGGAAGGCUUUGAAGAAGGAGAAUAUGAAACUCCGGGUGAAUGUAAGAGAAAAAGAAGACAAAGUGUUGGAGAUUUUGUUAAUGGAGCCCUGAAUAAAUUUAAAUCUAGCAGAACACCCUCUAUCACACCUCAACAAGAUAGAACUGCCCAGGCUUCUGUAUCACCAUUGAGUCUCACACCAAGUGUUAAGCGUAAACUGCCAGGAGAGUCUUCUCAUGCCUUCUCAAGUAAGAAAAGGAAGUCCAUCAAACACAACUUGAACUUUGAGCUGUUGCCAAGUCAUCUCUUCAGCAGCAAUUCUACACCAGUAUCAGUUCACUUUGAUACAAGCCCAGAAGGGUCAUCUCAGAAUUCAUUCUCGCCUAUCAUCAUGAGUGGAGACCACUUGAUCAGUACAGACCUAAGGCGAAGUAAAAGGAUUGCAAACAAAAAAGUUUAUAGGGUAGAAUCAGGGAAAGCAGGCUGCUUCUCCCCUAAACUCAGUCAUAAAGGAAAGGUCCGAAGAUCUCUUCGUCUGAAGUUUAGUCUGGGGAAAAACAGAGAUUCAAAUGGAUGUUCUGUCAUCAAUAGAUAUGAGAAUGUUGGUCGUCGACUAGCAAAUCAACAAAAUCUAAAAAAUAGGAUUGAAUCUGUAAAAACAGGUCUGCUUUUUAGCCCAGAUAUUGAUGAAAGAUUGCUAAAGAAAGAUGCAGAAAAGAUGAGCAAAUCUGAGGAACACUUACUAACUCCAGAUGGACUAGAUGAAGCAGGUUAUAGGAUGUCUUGGACAGAACCCAAUAAUUCAAGUUUUCAAGACAUGGGUGCAAAUGGAGCUUCUCCAGUCAUGAGUAAUCUUGAGGUGAAGCACUUUUCUUUGGAGUCUGAUGUUACUGUUGAAAACUCACUGGCUGUGUCAUGUGAGCUCAGACCAUCCACCUUCCACAGCCAACCUGACAGCAAUGUGCUUGGGACUUCCCUCAGUGGGGAUGAAAGUAACAUGACCUCUGAGACCUUGCUGAAGAUUCAGAAAGCGUUUUCUGAAUCAGGGAGUGGUCUUCAUACCCUGAUAAGUCAUGGACAGUCAUCAGUAGCAAAUGUAGGGGAAGAAAGUGAAGCCAGUGAUGUGACUGUGAGAGAAUCAAAGGAAAAUGAUGGCAACUACACUGGAGAAGAUGAGAACUGUGUUCCAGGAAGAGAUUUCUCAUUGUGUCAAAGUCCAGAAUUUGGUAGAGAAGUAAGGAUGAAGGUAGAAUGUGAAGAAGACAUCCAUUCAGAAGUUGCAAAAGCUGACUUAAUCCAGGAAGAGUUCCCUAGUGAGGAGCAAAUGAAGGGACCACAGUCCCCAAGGAACCAACUAAAUACUCAGUCAGCGGGGAAGGAGAGUGUUGCGGAGGCGAACUCCAUGGCAUGUGAAGCCCCUAGGGAAGAUGAGGCUCACUCUUCUUUAGAGCAGAGUACAUGCAGUGUGGUAGUCCUUCCAAAACCUCAGCCCCAGAGGCUUGCUAAGCAGCGGUCACUUGUGGGAAAACUCGAUAAUACAGUUCCUGGAUGUUUACAAAUGACUGAGCAUGGAAAGGUUUCUGAUCACAUACAGUGGUUUAAUAAGCUUUCUCUAAAUGAACCAAACAGAACAAAAGUGAAGUCACCUCUGAAAUUUCAACGUACUCCUGUCCGUCAGUCUGUCAGAAGAAUUAAUUCUUUGUUGGAGUAUGGCAGGCAGCCUGUGAGGCAAAAGAAGUUGGCAAUCCUUGGUGAUGCAGCUUCUCCUCUGGUAAAAUCAGUGAGCUGUGAUGGUGCUCUUCCCUCUUGUGUAGAAAGUACAUCAAAAGAUUCCUCUGUUUCAUGUACUGAAUUAGGUACUGAAGUACGGAAGUCCAUGUUCCAUAAGUCAAGUGAUGCAAUUUCAAAAUCAAGCAUUGAAUUAACUUCCAAAUCUUUCUCAAAAGUGAAGAGACAUCCAGAUCCUGUGCGUGCUUCUCUUGGAACUACUAGACUUUGUAAACAGGAGAGCAAAUCUGAUGGUCAAAUUAAGUUUCCCUUGGAUGAUCUCACUAAUCAUGAUAGAUUAAAAUUUGUUGUAAAUAAUAAUACAGCCUUUUCUCAUGAAAUAAAAAACAGAGUUCUUAGGAAACCAUCAGAUAAAGAAAGGGUCUGGUACAAAGGUUCUCCUAAAAAUCCUAUUGGAAAGACUCAACUACUACCAACGAGUAAACCUGUAGACUUGUAACGGACAAAUGCAGUGUUUUUCCUCAGUGUAAAUAAAAUUAGCAAUUUGUGGGAUGACUUGCAGGAUAAUUGAAUGCUUGUGUGUAACUAGGGAUGCUUGUUAAGUGGGUUUUCUCUCAAGCAGUCUUGUUGCUGGAACGAUUUGGUUUUCAUACUUGCACAUAGUGCUACUUCAUUUUUAUUACUAAAGCAUUUAAACUUUUCUUUUUUUCUUUCCCCCCCCCUUUUUUUGUUAUUGUUGUUUGUUUGUUUGUUUUGUUUUUUGAGACAGGGUUACUCUGUAUUGCUUUGAAGCCUGUCCUGGAACUUGCUGUUGUCCAGGCUGGCCUCAAACUCCCAGAGAUCCACCUGCCUACACCUCAAGUGCAGGGAUUAAGGCGCCACCACUGCCGGGCAAAACAUUUAAACUCUAAACUCUAUAAAUUUUAAAGAAAUUGUUGGCUAGAUUAUUUAAAGGGGGGGCAUGAUUUUCGUUUUGCAUGCUUGGUAGGAAGUUGUGUUUCUUUUUGGUUAUUCCUCCAAGUCAGAAACAUUGUAAAUUAUAAUCUACUACAUAAAGGGAAUUGGUAGUCCCUGCAAAUCUUAUGCCCUGAAUUAUACUCAUGUUUGUUGUCUUGACCUAAAUCCUAAAAGUUGAUUUGCCUCAGCGGUAUGCUAAUACUUAUUCUUGCAUGGAGCAGAGGAAUUUGGUUUGUAUCUCCUGAAGGUAUAUGCAAGGUUUCAUUUGAAUUUUGAAUUAAGGACAAUGAUUAAAUCACAAUGAUGACUAAGCUUCAUUCAUACAUUAUGGUGUUGAAGUAAUUAAUUUUAAGCCAUACUUCAUUUUGAAGGUAAUUUUGGUCUAUUUUGUCCAAUAUGAAAAUGAAAUUUUUAAGGAGGAAUAAUUAAACUUGAAAAUUUUAAUCGAUAUUUUUUUCUAUGAAGAUGGUUGAUUUUAGAAUUUGAAUUGUUAAUGAGCCUCUGUACAUUAGGUAAAUAUCUGAUAGUUUUAUCCUGUGUUUAAAUGUUAUUUAUUUAGCAUACACAUUAAAAAUAACUUCUGGAAAA